UUACUUUCUUUUCCAGAAGUGAAAUGUACAAGUGUAGCCGAAGUAGAUCGCCAUUUGCAAAUGGGUGUGCAAAUGCUAGCGAAGGGUCAGCUCCAUGAUGCUCUUUCACAUUUUCAUGCUGCAAUAGAUGGUGAUCCUAAUAAUUAUUUGACUUACUAUCGCCGAGCGACUGUAUAUCUUGCCCUUGGGCGCUCCCGACAAGGUCUCCAAGAUUUGGAUGAAGUCAUUAGACUCAAACCAGACUUUACUGCAGCUAGAGCACAAAGAGCAGGGGUUCUAGUCAAACUGGGAAGACUUGAAGAAGCUCAUAUAGAUCUUGAACAUGUGUUACGGAAAGAUCCAGCACAUGAGGAAGCUAAUAGGUUGUACACCUCAAUAGAACCAUUGAAACGAGAUAUCUUGGAAGCGUAUUCCCACGUAAGAACAGGACGCUACAAUCACGCUAUUCUGAUUCUCAAAAGUGUGAUAGAGCACUGCCCGUGGGAUGCUGCAUUGCGUGACUUACGUGUAGAGGCCUACCAAGGUGUUGGGGAUAUGAUGAGUGCCAUUGCUGAUAUACGUGUCACAACUAAACUUACCCAGGACAACACUGAGGGUUAUUUAAAGCUGGCAAACAUGUAUUACCAAAUAGGAGAUGUAGAACAAGGAUUGAAUGAAAUUCGUGAGUGCUUAAAGUUGGACCCAGACCAUAAAAAUUGCUUCACAUUGUACAAAAAGAUUAAAAAGAUCAAUAAAAUCCUCAAUGAUGCACAGGAAUAUGUCAACAAUAAGGAAUACGAAGAAUGUGUGAACUCAGCAAAUAAGGUUCUGAAAGAAGAAAAAAUCAUAGACGAGGUGAAGUUUUUAGCAUAUGAUAAACUUUGCCAAUGCCAAACUCACUUGAGCCCAUCAGCUGCAAUCACAGCCUGCCAAAGUGCACUUGAUAUUAAGGAAGAAGCGCGAUUGUACUGUGAUAUGGCUGAAGCUCACAUUGCAGAUGAACUGUUUGAUGAAGCCGUCUCAGAUUACCAAAAGGCUCUUAAUAUAGAUGAAAACUUACAGAGAGCCAAAGAUGGGCUUGAAAAAGCUCAAAAGCUUAAAAAGCAAGCCAGUAAACGAGACUAUUACAAGAUUUUGGGCGUCAAAAGAACAGCCAACAAAAGAGAAAUUACCAAAGCGUACAGAUCGCUUGCGCAGAAGUGGCAUCCAGACCACUUUGAUGGUGAAGAAAAGAAGAAGGCAGAAAAAAUGUUUAUUGAUAUUGCAGCAGCAAAAGAAGUACUCACAGAUGAUGAAAUGCGAGCCAAGUUUGAUAAUGGGGAAGAUCCUCUAGAUCCAGAACAGCAGCAAGGAGGUCCUGGUGGACAUCCUUUCAAUCCCUUCCAACACUUUCAUUUUCAUCAAGGAGGAUUCCCCGGUGGCGGUUUCUCUGGAGGAGGUUUUAAGUUUCAAUUUAAUUGAUAUAAGUAUUGGUUUUUGUGUGGUUUGUAUAUCUGUAAAGUAUUUAUUUUAGGGUUUGUAAAGAUAUAACGUGUUAUAAUAAUUAUGUUUGAAAAUGAAUGAUGAUGCAAAGUUUCAUCCAGGGUAGGUCUUUGUCAUUGGAAAGAAGACAGUUUUCAUGAUGCAUUUGCCAAGCUUUAUAACACUUGAUUCAUCAUCCCAGGCGAAGAAAGUCUUGUAUUUCUUCCCUUCAUUCAUAGGGACCUCAUUGCCUUAAUUAUAUUUCCUUACAAAGGACUCGCAUGUACAUUAUCAUCAUAGGAAAGACUUUUCUACCCUGCUGUAUAGACUUUAUCUUUUGAUUCUCAAGAAUCGUUAAGUAACUAUAUAGUGAGCUGUGAUUUCUUUUAAGAGUGGAUUCCCACUUGAUUUAAGGGUAUAUCUUGCUAUUCUUUCCUUAUUAUAUGGCACUGCCCUCCCUAGCAUCAGCAAGAGAGAAUUAGUUUGUAUCGUUUUGUAAUAAAUCCAUGGCAAUUAUUUAAUUUGUAUGGCAUCCAAAAUUCCCUGGAACAGUUGGGCUUUGUGAUAGACUUCUUUCUUUCUAUGCAAAGGAAAUUAUAUUGAUUCCAUCCAGAGACAUUCAAAGGGAAGUUCAUUAGUUAUGUAAAGUGAUGCAUACCAUGAGGAAUGUUGGUGAUUCAAAAUGUUUUCAUUGGUUGUAAUGAUUUAUCCAGACUGCCUAGAAUGUGAUGUCCUCAUUGCAUGUUUCUUGCAGCAUUAAGUUCUCAAAAUCAUGUAACUUAACCAGGAGUUCUAUAAAAAGCAUGAAAGUUGAGUGAACGAUCUGUGGCAGGCAUAUCACUCAAAAUGAAAAGCCAAAAGUCAACAUGGUAAGUGGCUACUGUGGGAAGGCAAGGGCAAAGUUGCAAAACCAUAAAUUCUAAGCUGAACUUUAUAACACUUGCUAAACUCACCAAUGUUACCUCCUGUUCAGCUGUACCAAUUCUGCCGAUAAGCGAGAACCAUGACCUGUGUGUUGGUGAUAUUAAAAAUAUUGCCAGAUUUAAGAAGAAAGCUAUACCCAGUAAUUUGGAAAAUGAUUACUAGCAUUUACUAUGUAUUACCAUUGAUGCCCUUUUUGUGCGUUUCAAAGAUUUGGUUGAAUAGAUGGCUUCAUUUUACCUACCACAGUAGACCCUGGAAAAAGAAAAGAGAAUGCAUACUCCUAGGCUGAGUAAUUGAAACGAAUGGUAUUCUUUUAUUUAACCUAUUAUAUUGUUUGAUCAUGGUUUUGUAUCACUAGUAGCCUAUCUUUUAAAGGUACUUUCAAGUUUGAAUCAAGUGUUCAUAUACUGUGUCUUUAUUCUUUACUCUUAUCUAUUUUACUCAGUAGAAAUUUGAAACCUUUUCCUACUGUCUUUUCUCCUCUGUUUACAAGUGAAUGUUUUGUAUUGAUUAUUGUUGCUAUAUCUAGUAUAUUACUACCCACAAGUGAAACUUCCUCAUUCACGGUCCUGAAAUGAAGGUCAUAAGCAUGUGAAAGGUAAAUUUUGUGUGGCUUUUCACAUUAAUGUUAAUUUGAACAAUUAUUAUUCCAGAAAGUUUUUUUUUGAGCUUGUAGGAUGUGGCAUCCACUUUAAUUUUACUAAAGGAAACAUUUUUAAUUUGCCGAUGAUGUUUUCUGUUUUGUACAAACUAUCCCUCAGUUUUCAUAUAUAGAAUUAUAUAAAAUAUUUGUGAUUGUAUUGUAGUGAUUGAAUGUGUGUGGAGCAAAGCUUUUAUUAGCAUCCAUUCUUGCUUGAGUGUGUCCCUGUGUUCUUGGAUAUCAAGUGGUUCUUUCUGCUGUUUUGGACGAGUUUUUGGAUUUUUGAAGUGUCAUACACUAGUCAUCUUUUGAUGCCUCUCUACGUAUGUGGUAACUGUCGUACUGAAUUUGCCAUCUGGAAAAGCUCCUUUGAUUACUUUUACCCUUUUGUUUUGUUCUCUAAUGAGUUGCAGUAUGUAAAAGCAAUGAAUACAUUUCAUCCUUGGCAGUCUGUAUACUCCUUAUCUAUACAGUAUUGUAUAUUGUAUAGCUUUAUAUUUUAAGGGGGCUAUGAGAAUUUUUUCCAGUUUAGUUAUAUAAUGUUACACAUUGUUCCUCCAAAUUUAUUGUACAAGCUGUAAUUCAAGUUGUUUUUGAGAAUCCAUUUAUUGUUUUGAUUUGAUUGUGAGAAGAAAUACACAUGCCAUAGGUCAUUAACUCAUGUCAUGUUGCAAGUUUUCACUUUUAAAAGAAAAAUUAUUUUCAUUGUUAUAGCCGUACCUCAAGACAGCUGGUACUGCAUUUCAAAAAUGAGUGGCUGGUUAUAGCAGCCAGUGAAAGCUAGUAGUCUUGAACUCUCACUCUUUUUAUUGAACUUUUGCAUUCAGGAGCCAAAGGCAUCUUUUGUAGUGCUCAGGCAAAUUGUCUUUCAUUUCAUUUAUAAUGAGUGUAAUAAACGUAUUUUCCAGAAGCGAAAAUAAGAUUAA